CAAAAGUAACAAAGAGACCAUGAUUUUCAUUGCUCAAAACAUUUUAGAGGUAUCAACCUUUCUUCCUCUUAGCAGCACACAUUUAUUUAACCUGUCAAAAUUUGUGUUGUCCCUAGCUCAUCCUUCUUUUAAUUGUAAUUCUAAUAUGCCUACCUACCCUAUAAGCAUCAUUAAUGAAUUACAAGACGGACUGAAGAGAACCUGCAUUUUAAAAGGAGUAGAAUAUGCUUGCACAACAAGAAACUCCUGUUAGAUUGCUAAACUCUCACCUUUAAAAGCCCUGAUUCCUUCUUCAAGCUCUCUCUCUCAGCCACCUAAAUAUUCAAGCCACAUGGAAGCGCCUGAUUUCGAGGCGCAUCGUAAUCAACCUCAUGCAACCCCAAUUCAAAGUUUCUUUGCUUUCUGUCCCUCACAGAAAACAUACACCUCUGCAGCUCACCUAAACAUGCAGUCGUUGGAAAUUGCUGGAAACCGUAGCGUGCAACACGGAAACUCAUCUCAGCAUCCUGAUUCCAGCACAAAUUUCUCUAGCAGAUUGUCACCCAAUUCUCAAGUCCAUUUCCCAUUCCAUUUAUUCUCUCCAAACUCAUCAUCUCUCAGCACUGAAGAUGAAGGAAGAGAAUACCAACCAAGCAUUGUUGAUGACAAGAGGCUCAGGAGAAUGAUAUCCAACAGAGAAUCCGCACGAAGAUCAAGAAUGCGAAAGAAGCAGCAAAUUGAAGAGCUGCAGUCACAGGUUGAUCAACUUCAAACAAUUAAUCGUCAGCUUUCACAAAAGCUCAUCAAUCUGCUGGAAAGCAACCACGAGACCCUCCAAGAGAAUGCUCAGCUAAAAGAGAAAGUUUCUACUCUUCACAUGGUACUUGCCGAUGUGUUUACACCGCCGAGGAAUCUGGAAGAUACAUCCCUCAAACAUAAAUCAGCUUCUUAGAGAUGACGCCGCAAUUCAAUCGACUCUUUAGCAAGUUUCCUGGAUUGACUGGUUAAUCUUCGAUAUACCAUAAUAAUAGAGGUAUCAUCUAAAUUGGAGUGUGUAACAACUACUUUUGAGGUUAAAAUGGAUGUAAACUUGCUUUGGAGCUGAGUCCUACGGGCUUCUUUUGUUCAUGUAAUUUAAUGUAUGGAAGUCAUUAGACGCCUCAUGGGAUUUACAGUUAUAAGCAUAUAUAGUUUAAUACAUGUAAUAAACUCUUCAAACAGAUUAUGUCACGACUUAUAAUAUUCAUCAGGAUUUUUCUCCAUUAUUGCAGUUUGUGCAUUCAGCUGUUGAGUGGCAUGAAUAGAGAAAUUCAGGGUAGAAAAUCUCAAUUAUGAGGCUGGUAGAUGAGUUUAUGCUGCAAUAACAAAAAGGGUACAGUUAAUGUGUGAAAGGACCUGCCAUCAAUAGAUUAAAUGUUAGUUACCUGAAAUCUGGCAUGGUUGAAAUAUGAUUCAGGGUUUCCCUCAUCUUAUUUGGCAUUUUAAUCAAGUUUUAUGGGUUUCCUGAUGAAUUGGAUGCUUUAGGGUGGAUGAAACAUAUGUCUUUGCUACUUUCCUACAGA